GACUGCGUAGCGAAGUUUUAGUAACUUUCAUUUAGUUAAGCUAUGUAUUUUCCAGUUUCGUGGCCGCGAUAUUUAAAUAUUCCUUUGGACGAAGAUUAUAAAGUGCUUUACAUUACGUCUAACAGGGAAAGAGUUGUCUAUUGCGUCGUCACUGGUCAUGAAAUCUCCAUUUGGUAUUGCAAGCCAUGUGUUCAAAUCGUCAGUCACAGGAGAUCGGAUAAUUCUGUUUCUUUGCUCGGAUCGAACAAGUGUGCCGUGUGGAAACCAGACUCGACCUGCAUUGCUGUAGUGACCGAUAAAGGUUAUGUCGUGUUCUACAAGUUGGAAGUUGACAAGUCCGUGGGAAAUUCUAGUCUGUAUCAACAGCUGGACAGCAGAUCACCGAGCUUCAGGCGGGAUAGCGCGGAGCUGUUCCUCUCGGAGAAAGUUCCCGCUUUCACGCUCAACCCGGAGUUCUCCGUGCAGACCGAGGGUCUGGUGACGAGCUUGGUGCCAAUACGAGAUGAGCUCGUGCUGUGUUUGGACACGGGAAGCGUACAGCGGCUUAAGUGGGACGGCACGCUCAACUCCGACAUGUGCUACGGUCUCGGACGCGUCCCCUUCUCCAUCGACCAGGAGCAUUCCCGAGCCGAGGUGUUGGAGGGAUCGGGUGCGCACAUCACACACAUGGAGUACUCACCUCUGAUGGCCGGGUUCGCCGUGGUGUUGUCCGACCACCGCGCUGCCUUCCUCACCGCACCCACGCUCAAGUUCGAACCUACGGCCCCUAUAAGCGGAGACCAGGGUCAGAUAAGCGCGCAGGGAGUUGUGUUUGUGAUAGAUGAGGUGACUGGAGGUCUGAACGUCUCUCAUCGACUCGUGCUGUCGAGUAAGGACUACCCAGACGUACAGGCGAUCGCUGGACCGGUCGUCUGCAUGCAGUGGUCGCCGGACGGCUGCGCGGUGGCGCUAGCGUGGCGCAACGGCGGACUGUCGCUGUGGAGCGUCUUCGGAUCGCUGCUGUUCUGCACACUAGGGGGCGACUACGAGAUGUCGCAGCAUCUCCUCGACACGUCGCCGCUCCGCGUCAGGUCCAUGGAGUGGGGCAUGGAGGGAUACCACUUGUGGAUGGCCUGUGAGCCACCAGAUGGCAGCAGUAAAGGAGAUCUUCUGCAGAUGAACUUUCUGAAGAGUGCUCUGACUGUCAACCCGUGUAAGAGCAACCACGACCACCUGUUCCUGCAGGGGGAGGAUCGACUCCUCAUCAACACUGGAGACACGAUCAUGCGAUCGAGCGUGUACACGACGCGCACCCGCCACCUCACGCCGCCUCCCGGUCGCAGCGACUCGCUGCUCGUCGGCAACAAGCACUGGCACGUCAUACAGAUCCCGAUGACGUAUCUAGGCAACAACUGGCCAAUCAGGUACGCUGCCGUUGAUUCGUCGGGUAAUUACGCCGCUGUGGCUGGCCGCAGCGGAUUCGCACACUACGCACUAUACAGUCGAAAGUGGAAACUAUUCGGCAACGUGACACAGGAGAAGGAUGUGGUCGUGACGGGUGGAUUGACGUGGUGGAAGGACUAUAUCAUCAUGGGCUGUUACAACCUGAACGACUACAGAGACGAGAUCCGCGUGUACCCGCGUGCGUCGAACCUGGACAACGCUCACGCGUGCAUCGUGCGCGCCAUGACGCAGGUGCUGCUGCUCAACAUCUACCGCGACACGCUCAUCUCGUUCUGUGCGGACUCUCACAUCGUACUCUACUCUCUCGCCGAGGUGCAUAAGAAGUCAGUCGUGGAGGUGGAGGUGGUGCAGCUACAGGACGUCUGCAUCAGCAACAUCAUUCCUCAUCCCGCAUGCGUCGUGUCCGUCUCUCUCACAGCCGUACGCAAGGAGAUCGGUACUAGAUACACGCAGAACAGCAAAGACGGAGAGAGCAUAAUACUAAACGUGUCUGGAAAACUACUGAUGAUCCAGAGAGAACAUUCCAAGCAGGACGCGAACGACGUCAAGCACAGAAAACAGACAACGAUCCAGUACGACCCUCCGGUGAUGCUGGCGUCGGGAGUAGAGAACAUCUGGAUCUCUCUGUGGACGAGUAACGAGAAGCGGCAUCUCACCGAAGCUCUGUGGAUCGGAUGCGGCGCGCAGGGCAUGAAGGUGUGGCUGCCGUUGUUUCCGCGUGAGGGGGAGAGGCCGCAUAACUUCAUGUCGAAGCGAAUCAUGCUCCCAUUUCAACUACGCAUCUACCCGCUCGCGGUGCUAUUUGAGGAUGCGGUCGUGCUGUGUGUGUGUAUGCGUGAGUGUAUGUAUGUACGUGUGUGUGUGUGUAUGCGUGAGUGUAUGUAUGUACACCCUCUCUUGCCUCGCGUCGUCGCUUUCAUCGAGGAGUUCCCAGAGUUCCUGCAGACGGUUGUUCACUGCGCACGCAAGACUGAGAUCGCACUCUGGCACUAUCUCUUCACGACCGUUGGCAACCCGACGGACCUGUUUCAGGAAUGUCUGAAGACAGGAAAGCUGGAAACUGCAGCAUCGUACCUCAUCAUUCUACAGAACCUGGAGCCCAUUGCCAUCAGCAGACAGCACGCUACAAUGCUUCUGGAUGCAACACUCGAGGCAGGACAAUGGGAGCUUUCAAAAGAUAUUACUCGAUUUCUCAGGGCAAUAGGUUUCGUUGAUUCUCGCACGUCCGAUUUCUACAUAAUUUGCAGAAACAGAGCGGCCAAGAUUGAAGAUUUCGUGACGACGCUGAAGAGACUUCAUGAGGAUUUUCAGUGGCCGUAUCCGAUAGCCUCCCCGAGCCUGCUGCAGACCUUCCAACGCAUGUCGAAUAGCAGGAAGAAUGAGUCGAUGGUGACCAUGUACAGCGAGAGUGAUCUCAGCGCCCUCUUGACGGAGGAGGACGACGACGACGAUGUGUUGCUAGCGAGCUCCAACUCGUUCUCCUUCUCCGCGCCGCACUAUCUGCACACCAGGGGGCGUGACGACGCGGAGAUGUCGCCGCUUGACGACGCGUCCAAGACGCUGGAGGCGUUCCUCGAACCGCAGCCGAUGCACUUCGAUGGCGCUGCCGUGCUUUCAGACUCGCACAGCCACGGCACGACAGAGGACAGCUCGCUGGCGGGCGAGGCGGAGGAUGUGACGGUAGCAGACGACAUACAGGAUGCGUGCGCGCUCGAGCAGUGGACGCAGGAACUCGCCACCAGGGGGCCACCCAACAUGGAGGUCGAACUAAGGUACCUGCUGCAGAUGGUGGUGGAGGCGGGAUGUUUUGAGUGGGCGCUGCUUCUCACCGUGCUGCUACGCGACGCUCUAGCCGUGUCGCGCGUCGCCCGCGCCGCCACCGCUCCGGACGUGCCGACAGACGUGAUAGCGCGCAGCCGCGACGGUCUCGCCUUCCUAGAGCUGUGGGCCAAGACCGUGUGCCUCGGCUACCGGCCGUUCGUCGCGCUCAUCCGCCAGCAGGCGAUGAUGUUAGAGCGAUGCGUCGCGAGUCGUCCCCGCCCCCGCCGGACCCCGUCACCGCCGCUCCUCGAAACAACAAACCCGGAAGACGCUGCGCCGCUAAGCACGAGCGCAGUGAGCGCUGCUGCUGGCGCCACCUACGAACACGCGCUGCUCGACGAUGAUGAUGAUGAUGUG